AUGGAGCGGUUACUGGCUUUUCUAACGGUGUUUUCGGCGUUUGUUGCCGCCCCGGCUGCUUCUAUAGACAAUGUUCUAGAAAUAAAGCCAGUCUAUACAAAUUAUUUGUUGAGAAUCGGUGCCACACAAGAAUUGAAUUGUUCAGUGAAUACCACUGAACAGAAUGCCAAAUUACUGUGGACUGCACCAACUAUGGAUGGAGUCACUCGAAAAGCGGAAACUACAGUUAUUGACAACAAAAUCACAUUGCACAGCAGCUUAAGGAUAGAUCAUUUCACCGAUGUCAAUGCUGGUGAUUACAAGUGCAGCUUGGAGAGAGAGGGGGAACUAAUCAGUGAGGCAGUCAUUCAUCUGAAGGCUGUGAAAGAGGAAAAAUCGGAGCCAAUAUUUGUGCUUGGAAUGAAGACGGCUACGUUGUCGUGUGACAUUGAAAUGGGAAUGAACCAAAAUUCUGAUCGUUCCAUUAAUUGGUACAAGAAUGAAAACCUCGUUACUAGCAGGAAAGACAGCCAUCGUUUCACAAUAGUGGAUGCAAACAAUUCUCUUAUCAUCCAGAAGCCAACCAGAGAGGAUGCUGGUCUCUAUGUUGCCAAGUUUUCUAUCCCUGGCAGGUCUCACCCUUAUGAAUGCCAUGUUCACUUCCGGGCUGGACCUUUGGUGCUGGAUUUUGAAAAGUCCAAGAACCUCAUAGAAGGAGAUGACAUGGAGCUACACUGUGUUGUCAAGGGUUACCCGUAUGCUGUGGUUACCUGGUACAAAGACACUAGCAUUGUGAAUGCCUCUACAGGUGAUGAUAACCGUGUCACUUUGCGAGAGCUGCAUGGGCAUAAGAAUGCACGCUUGUUCGUCAGGCGUGUCAAUUACGAUGAUGCUGGAGAUUAUAUGUGCGAGGCCUACUCUUCAUAUUUUCCAAAUGAGACCUCCUCCAAGAGAAUCCGAAUCAGAAUCAAAGAUAAACUGGCUGCACUUUGGCCUUUCCUGGGCAUUGUUGGCGAGGUAGUCCUCCUGUGCAUCAUCAUUUUUAUUUAUGAGAGACGGAGAAGCAAGCAGGUACUGAUGGAGGACAAUGCUGCCCAGAACAUCGAUGGAGCAACAGUGGACAAGAAGGAGGGUCUGAGACAUCGAAACACCAACAACCCCUCAGCUUGA